GGGAGGGGUGGGCUUUGGGAAGAUGGGUACCUGGAGUCAGUGAGGCCGCGGUGGCGGCGGCCGAGCGGUGUCUGAGCCGCUCCCCCGCGCCCGCCCCCCCCCUCUCGCCCCCCUCUCCCGGACGGGGGCGCAGGGUGGGGUAAAGGAAGAGGCCCGGGCCCAGGAUGGGCUCCCAGGUGCUGCAGAUCCUCCGCCAGGGAGUGUGGGCCUCGCUGACCGGCGGCUGGUACUUCGACCCGCACCAGAGCAAGUUCUCCAACUGCUUCCACCUCUACGUCUGGCUUUUCCUGCUCUGCUUCCCCUUCCUGCUCUACAUGGCUCUGCCACCCAGCACCUCGGUUGCCGGGAUCUACUGUGCCAUCGUCGCCCUCUUCUUUACCGUGGUCAAGUCCGUCAACUACCGCCUGCACGCCAUGUUCGAUGAGGGGGAGAUCGUGGAGAAGAGGAACCCGCAGCUUGAAGUGGACGGUGCCAAGCUUGAAGAGUGUGAGCCAGGAGGUGGCGCAGACAGCACCCUCCGGGACCCAGGGGGAGGAGUGGAGAUGACCGUCUUUCGGAAGAAUAACACCACGCCGCCCGUGAGAUGCAGCUCGCAGCAUUCCGUCUUCGGCUUCAACCAAGUGUCGGACUUGUUGCCUCACCUGGAAGACAGUGGAACCGCUAAAGGGAUCAGAGACCUGGUCCGUGAACAAGGCAAUAAAAAUGUAAUUGUCACAUCAGCUGACAGAGAGUUACUGAAACUGAACAUGCUAGAUACAGCAGAUUCACCGGCGCUGCAUGCCACCAGUGAGGGCCCUCUGCCCCUAGAGACGACCCAGCAGCUGGACACACAGCCUUUGGUGAAGAAACUACCCUCGCUGCCCGUCCAGCAGGUGCUCCCCUCCAGCCGGGGCCUAGCAACGGCCACAUCCACGCCGCCCUGCGUCACGGUGGUGCCCGAUCUGCGGGUGCACCCCUUGCACCUCGGCCUGUUGGAGCAGCUGGGCGCCUGGCACCCCGGGGAGUCCGAGAGCCUGUGUAACGCCCUGCUGGGCCCCUUGCUGCGCGACCGCCCGGUGGGAGACCAGGCCGGGAAGGAGGAGGGGGUCAGCGGCAGCGGGCAGGAGGGAGCCCGGGAGCUGCCCCCGCCACCAGAGGAGGAGGAGGGCAUGCUCCAGGCGAUGGGCGCCAAGGCGGCCGGCUCCACCGACAGCUGCUUCAGCGGCACCGACCGGGAGACGCAGAGCACCGUCAGCAGCUACAGGAGCGAGAAGACCAGCUCCACCCGCCUGGAGAGCCCGUCGCUCACCCCGCAGCCGGACCCAGAACCCCCACCGGGGGUCAAGCCAGGCAGCGACACGGAUAACCUCUCGGACAGCGAGGCUGUCGCCACCCCGGAUGCCGGUCCCUCGGCUGAGGGGGCCCUGCGGUUCGCCUUCGCCGGCAGCGAGCGCCUCGCUGGGGCAGGGGACGACCCCUUGAGCUCCUGGCUGAGCGACAAGCUGAGCGCCCCCAAGGCCGUAGGCCUGGCCGAGCCUUCCCAGCAUGCCCCGCUGCAGGCAGAGAGGGCAGUCCGCCCCAAGGAGCUGAGCCUGCUGGGCCGGGGGCCGGGCCGACGCUCCGGCAGGAGGAAGGGCACCAGGAGGCACGGUGGCAGCACCGGCAGCUUCGAUUACCGGCGGGACUACGCACCGGUCAGGACGGCGCUGGGCGCCAAGGCCUACAGUCAGGGCUUCUUCGAGGACGAGGACUCGAGCGACCAGAGUGACCUGAGCCAUGCCUCCAGCCUGCGCUCGCAGCCCAACUACAGCAGCUCCUCCAGCUCUUCCAGUGUCACCUCGCAGUCCUGCUCCUCCCCUGACGCCCAGAGGCCUCAGGGGACCAGGCGGCGCAACGCGGCCCGCUCCGACUCGGAGCCGGGUCCCGCUUCCACCAUCGCCCUGGCACCUCCUCCCCCCUGCGAACCGCCUGCUAGCGCCAAGACCCACGCCCGGAUGCUGAGCGUGGGCGGCACCGGGCAGCUGGAGCUCGGCCCGGGCAGCACCCGCACCCUGACCGCCUCCAAGUCUGACCUGGAGGCCCGGGACAGCGAGCCGCGCUGGCGGGAGCGGUUCUCCCGGAGGCUGGAGUCCAUUGGCAGCGCCUGGAGCCAGUCGGAGGGGGCAGUCGGUGGAGCACCAGCUCUGGAAGAGCCUGGGAGACGGGAACUUACCAGCAGUGUGAAGAGGACACAGGCAAUGAGGCGAAGACACAACGCAGGCAGUAAUCCUACACCGCCUCCCUCCAUCAUGGGCUCACCGCCAAGCCUGCAGGACAUCCAGAGGAAUCGGACAGCGUCACAGUCACGGACACACGCACUCCCUGCUGCCCUGCACUUUGCCAGCUCGCUGCUGCUCUCUCGGGGCCCUGUGCACGAGGCUUCUAACUUUGACGACACCUCAGACGGAGCAGUUCACUACUUCUAUGACGAAGCCGGCGUCCGCAGGUCCUACACCUUUGGCCCGACGGGUGGUGGCUACGAGAAUCCAGUGGGCCAGCAAGUGAGCCUGGAGCAUAUCUCCAACAACGCAUGGGAUCAUCAGUCCCACUCUUCCAGCUUCACCUCUGCCGACGCUCCAGAGGGAAUGCCAGCGCUGUCGCUCCUCCAGCCCCGGCCUGUGGUACUCCAGGGAAUGCAGGUCCGUAAUGUGCCGUUGGAGAUUCCUGAGUUGGAUUUUCUGGAUCAGGAAUCUCUCCACGAAUCCCAGGAAAACACGCUCAUGAUUGAAGAGAAGAGCAGGAACAAGCAGUACUACAAAUUCUGGCUGCUGCCCUGGAAGUGGAUGCGAAUUCGUUACGACAGACUGGCACUGCAGGCUUUGUUGGACAGAAACCGUCAGGCCCAUGAGAACGUGGUCGCUGUCAGCCUGGCUGCCUUGGUGGCUUUCCUGGGUUUCAUGCUUCUCCUUGAGGGCUUCUUCAGGGACAUCUGGGUGUUCCAGUUCUGCCUGGUCAUUGCCAGCUGCCAGUACUCCCUGCUGAAGAGUGUUCAGCCUGAUGCAGCCUCUCCGAUGCAUGGUCACAACUGGAUCAUUGCAUACAGCCGGCCAGUCUAUUUCUGCAUGUGCUGCGCCAUGAUCUGGCUCUUUGACUUUGGCAGCCAGAGCAGCCACCUCCAGCCCAUCAGCCUGUACGGGAUCACUCUCUUCUCUGCCCAGUCCUUUGCCUGUGCUCGGGACGUGGUGAUCGUUUUCACGCUGUGUUUUCCAGCCAUUUUCCUCCUUGGCCUCCUGCCUCAAGUGAACACUUUCUUCAUGUACCUGUUAGAACAGCUGGACAUGCAUGCCUUUGGAGGCACCGCUACGACCAGCCCCAUGUCUGCUUUCUACAGCUUUGUCCGCAGUCUGCUGGUCGCUGUCCUCCUGUACGGAUUCUGCUUCGGGGCUGUGAAGGUUCCUUGGGAAGCCCAGCAUGUGCCAGUUUUGUUUUCUGUCUUCUGUGGCCUUCUAGUCGCACUUUCGUACCACCUGAGCCGACAGAGUAGCGAUCCCACCACCCUCUGGGCCCUGAUCCGGUCCAGGCUUUCCCCCCAGUUGGACAAUCGUAAUCCUGAGGAUCCGCUGUUGGAAAUCCAGGACCCACUGCCAGCGAAGCUCAAGAGCUCAGUGGUAAUGACAGACCUGUCCCCACUGGUACUCUGUCCAUUGAUGUCAAUUGUCACGUUUUCUGUUCCUCCCUCUCGGUCUCGGUCUCUGAUGCAGCCGGUUCUGAGUUACGUGCUCUAUGCCCUGGCUGGCCUGGUUGGCUUCCUGACACACUACCUCCUUCCGCAGCUCCGUAAGCAGCUCCCGUGGUGUUGCCUGUCCCACCCAAUGCUGAAAUCCAGGGAGUACAGCCAGUUUGAGGUCCGAGAUGCAGCCCAGCUAAUGUGGUUUGAGAAAGUCUAUGCCUGGCUCCAGUGCAUGGAGAAGUACUUCAUCUACCCAGCAGUCAUCCUCAGCGCCCUCACCACCGAUGCCAGUGCAGUCAGCAGCCGCCACAAGCUGGGAAAAUACAGCGACCCGCUCUUUAUAACGGUGGCCGGGAUGAAGCUCCUUCGCUCCUCCUUCUGCUGCCCCUGCCAUCAGUACGUCACCCUGAGCUUCACCGUCCUCUUCUUCCGCUUCGACUACAGCCACUUCUCCGAGACCUUUCUGCUCGACUACUACUUCAUGUCUGUCAUCUGCAGCAAGCUCUGGGACCUGCUGUACAAGUUGCGUUUUGUACUGACCUACAUCGCCCCCUGGCAGAUCACAUGGGGCUCAGCGUUCCAUGCCUUUGCCCAGCCGUUUGCCGUGCCUCACUCUGCAAUGCUGUUUGUCCAGGCUGUGCUCUCGGCCUUUGUCUCCACCCCUUUGAACCCACUCCUUGGCAGUGCUGUGUUCAUCACCUCCUACGCCAGGCCAGUGAAGUUUUGGGAACGAGAUUACAACACCAAGCGGGUUGACCACUCUAACACUCGGCUGGUCACGCAACUGGACAGGAACCCAGGAGCGGACGACAAUAAUCUCAACUCUAUCUUCUACGAGCACCUAACGCGCUCGCUGCAGCACAGCCUGUGUGGGGACUUGCUCCUGGGCCGUUGGGGCAACUACGCCAUGGGCGACUGCUUCAUCCUGGCCUCGGAUUACCUAAACGCACUGGUUCACCUGAUCGAGAUAGGCAAUGGGAUUGUUACCUUUCAGCUGCGAGGCCUGGAGUUCCGAGGUACCUAUUGCCAGCAGCGGGAGGUGGAGGCCAUUACUGAGGGAGUGGAAGAAGAUGAGGGCUGCUGCUGCUGUGAGCCUGGCCACCUGCCCCACAUGCUGUCAUUCAACGCCGCCUUUGGACAGCGCUGGCUAGCCUGGGAGGUCGCAGCCACCAAGUAUGUCCUGGAGGGCUACAGCAUCAGUGACAACAACGCGGCUUCCAUGCUGCAAGUGUUCGACCUCCGCAAGAUCCUCAUCACGUACUAUGUCAAGAGUAUUAUCUAUUACGUGAUCCACUCUCCAAAGUUGGAGGAAUGGGUGAACAAUGAUGCAAUCCAGGAGGUGCUCCAUCCGUGCUCCAGCCCCAGCUACGCUGACAGCGAUCCCACCUUCAACCACAACAUUGAUGACGACUACGACCACCGCAUGCAAGGCAUCUCCCUGGCCUCCUUCUGCAACGUCUACCUUGACUGGAUCCAGUACUGUGCCAGUCGGCGGGACAAGUCUGUGGAGAGUGACAGGACCUCUCACCUGGUGACCUUGUGUUUCGGACUCUGCAUCCUUGGCCGGAGAGCCCUGGGGACAGCUUCCCACAGCAUGUCAGCCAGUCUGGAGCCAUUCCUGUAUGGGCUGCACGCCCUGUUCAAAGGUGAUUUCCGGAUCACCUGCCCCCGGGACGAGUGGGUCUUUGUCGACAUGGAGUUACUGCAGAAAGUAGUGGCUCCCGGGGUCCGGAUGUCACUGAAGCUGCAUCAGGAUCACUUCACGUCCCCCGAUGAGUACGAUGACCCUGCCGUGCUGUUCGAUGCCAUCACCAACAAUGACGAGAAGAUGGUGAUCUCCCAUGAGGGUGAUCCAGCCUGGCGUAAUGCCAUACUUACCAACACCCAGUCACUGCUGGCACUGCGCCAUGUGAUGGACGACGGUAGCGAUGAGUACAAGAUCAUCAUGCUCAACAAGCGAUACCUGAGUUUCCGUGUCAUUAAGGUGAACCGGGAGUGCGUGCGCGGCCUGUGGUCAGGGCAACAGCAGGAGCUGGUGUUCCUGCGCAACCGGAACCCAGAGCGUGGCAGCAUCCAGAACGCCAAGCAGGCCCUGCGCAACAUGAUCAACUCAUCGUGCGACCAGCCCAUCGGCUACCCCAUCUACGUCUCACCGUUGACCACCUCGUACGCGGGCCAGCACACUCAGCUCCGCAGCAUCUGGGGAGAGCCGGUCAGCCUGAGGAACAUCUCCAGCUGGUUCAUCUCCAGCUGGGAGAGGCUGCAGAAGGGAUGUGGUGCAGGCUGCAACAGCGGGGGCAACAUCGAGGACUCGGACUGCGGAGGGGGCUCUUCAUCCAUCAGCAACAACCCGGCAGUACACGUGAUCCACAGCAGCACAUCACAGAGUGGAGUUGGAGCUGUCAACCCUCAGGGCCCUGUUGCCACAAGCCAGCCUCAAUCAGGAAGUGAUGCGAGCUCUCAGCCUGGACUGGCCUGGUCUACUCGGCCGCAGCCACUGCAGCUUUCACUUUUAGCCCAGUCGGAGCCUCGGCGGGAGAGUAGCCACUCCUUACAAAGGACUUCCUCCAUCCAGGGGCUCCUCAGUCAGAGGCUGUCCUCCAGCCAGCUCUCGUUCAACAGCUCGCUGGUGUCCACCACGUCUCAGACAGACCGCUUCCCGACGGGCACCCAGCUGGAUGGAUCCGGGCCGGUCCGGGUCCUCCACCGCGCCGGCUUGACCUCCUCCGUCAACUUCACCUACGAGGGGCCUCACGGCAAGUGGAGCUUGCCGGGCCGGAGAGGGGUCAACGGAUUGCCGGGCGCCGACUGGGACACCGGUUCUGGGACCCAGUCCAACGGCAGUGCCGUGGGGACGCCAGCCAAAGGAAGCCUGCCACGAUCCCAGGUGCCUUGUCAUCCACCAUGCGACCUCAGUCAAGUCCCUGAAGGGGAUGCCUUUUCGCUGAGAUUGGAACAGGUGCCCGUGGAUGCCAUCCCACUGUCCAGAGGAGGGGGCCAUGAAUCGAAGGAAUGGGAGCCAAAGGAGGAGCCAGAGAACACGGCAGUGCAGUCGCUACUGGACCACCAGUUCUAACUGAGGAAGCACCGUUGAGGUGUGGUAGACCCUCUGGUUUAUGUGCUCUCUCUCUCUCUCUCUUGCUUUCUCUCUCUGUCCAUCUCACAUAUCUUCCUGUGUGUGGCACUUGCGAGCAGUCUUUAAAGAUGAUAUGGUGCUUGGGAGGGUGGCAGGGGAACAGGUUGAGGAGUGUCUUACUGAUGGCUGACGAGGCGGCCAGCUCUAGCUCAAGGGAUGACGCUCACGUCCAGACAUCCAAGUUCCGGAAGAGUCCUGAAGAGUUUGGCCAGCUCGAGGUGUGCCCUACAUCUCUUGCAAUCCAACCACUGAGUGGAUCUAAUAGCCUCGUGCCCAAGAUGUGUUGAGCCCAGCAAGGUUCAAGGUGGAACAGCCUGAGUUAGGUCGAAGUGGGCAUUCUAUGUUUCCUUCCUUUAUUUCACCGUUUUUAUUAAAGAGACCUUUUAAACUCUCCCUCCCUCCCUCCCUCCCUGGGAUUGUCAGUCAGUUAGCACACUCACAGCAGGCCAAGGGUCCCAUACAACUGGGCUGCGAUGUGUGGUUUCAACAGACUGUUGGCAAUGUGGGGCAGUUGCUGUUUUAAUGCCAGCUGUGACGGUCUAACGCUUUCUCUGGUGGUCUCCUGCACUAUCUUCUUCCACCUGAAGGCUGACAGAAUCUCCUCGAAGCUAUAACACCAUGUGAGAUGACCGGCCGCAAGUCUUUGGGACAGUUCUUCCCAACCCUUCAGACUAAGCACAAUCCUAUAGACACUAGCUCUCUUACAGUUGCGAAUCCACUUGGACCAGGAGCUUUGUAGAAAACUUGCAGGAGACCUUUAUCCCUCAGAUAGUGUGGAACUGGAGUCGAGGGUUGGUCAUUCUUUUUGCCACAGAUUAAAAUCUAACCAGAUCCCUUCAUGUUUCCUUUCUCUCUGUCGCAGCUUGUUGGCAUGGCCAAGGUGGCUGGCCUUUAACGUUAGCGGAUGUGUCACCAUAUUGGUGUGUCCUGGUGGGGGAUGGUCUGAGCUCCAUGCAAAGGAGAGGCCAGAGUCCCCCCCCCCCCCCCCCCCAUUUCUGGGGAGGGGAAAAGGGUUAGUUCAUGACCGAUUGAAAGUUCCUUGUCAAUAAUUCUGGUUUGCUGGCACUGUGGAGGGUCAAACCCAGAGGUGGGGAAUGGGGGUGUGGUCCCAGGGUUUUGGGCCCUAUCUCUCAUCUGUCAACGUGCUGCGUGGGUGAAUAUCUCCUGUGGUUAACGAUCUCUUGGAGUAGCAAGCACACUGUUGCUGAGUUUAUAAGGGUCUGCCAGGCACUCUGUUGGGUUCUUACUUUGUGCCAGUUUUGCUUGUGUGAGUGUGUGAUAUAUGCCCGUGCCCUCGCACAUCACAAUUGUGCCCAUGACUACCCCUGCCUGUAACUGUAGCCCAGGUGAGGAGAGCAAUGGUGCUGAAUCCAAGUCCCUCCAGCUGAUCAAGAGUAGACCAGACUUCUCAAAUAUUUACCCAUUUUGAAUCUAAAAAAAUUGUCCUGACCCCUUGCAGCAAACUAAGAAGCCUGGGGGGUGGGAAUGGAGCAAGUGACCUGUGAGAGUGGGGGCAGGCGGCUG